AUGAAAAACGACACCACCGCUUACAGUGCAUGGACCACCUUACAAAACAUCUUCCUUGACAACCAAGAAUCCCGCACCAUCGACCUCCAAAACAAAUUCACCAAUACCCGCCUCGACCAAUUUCCCAACAUGUCCGCCUACUGUCAAGCCAUGAAGCUUGUGUUCGACCAACUCACCAGCCUUGGCUCAGCCACUACCGAAAAACAACUUGUCAUGCAAAUCCUUACCGGCCUCAAUGAUCAAUACGAAAACAUCGCACUCAUCGAUCAAUACGAAAACAUCGCACUCAUCCUCCAACAAACCGUCCCCUUGCCCGACUUUUACAACACCCGUUCUUGA